AUGACAGACCAUUACACCGUCCUCGGUGUCUCUCGCGAUGCUACCCAUCAACAGAUCAAAGCAGCAUACAACAAGCUAGUUCUCCAAGCCCACCCUGAUAAAGGUGGAUCUCAAUUAAAAUUCAUUCAAAUUCAUGCUGCGUGGGAAGUCCUCAGAGAUCCUGCCUCCCGCGCAACCUAUGAUGGAGAAGGCCACAACACAACCAACCAGAAACCCAAGAAACCUCGACCACAUGCCCAAGCUCAGAACGCUAGCGGAGCCCAAUUUCCACGCAAUCAGGCCCAUGCCGCUUCAGACAACGACAUUCCCAUGCCGGGUGGCAGUUACUCUCAAACGUCCAACGACAAACACAGAUUCGGCUCCGGAUCAAGACCUAACGGCAAUUCCUGGACCGGCUAUCGUGAGUCUGCGGCAGGAUCCGCUUAUAACAGCUAUUAUGGCGCGUCCGCCAGUGCAGCAAACGACAACGACAUGAAGCCGAGAGCUUCAAGCACCUCAACGCCAGAAGAUGCUUCACACCACCAAUCUCGCAAUGAGCGGUCCAACUCCCGAGAAUCCUACCCCCAGCCGAGACCGCGAGGCUAUAAUGCUUCUCCUCCUCCCAGGUCCCGAUCGCGGUCUCCGCCCCCUACCGUGGCAGCCGAACUCAAUCUAGAGACCGUCAAGGCCCUUGUCGACAAAGCAUCUCGAAAUCUCAUACAGUACAAACAUCUCCUCAGCACGCUGCGCUCAUCUACCAAAGCUCGUCCGCUUUCGCCAGAGAUUCAGAUCAAACUGGAGCAUGUCCAUGGCUUCUUACAGAAUCGUGUGUUGAAAUUGAAUCAAAGAGUCAAUGAUAUCAACAUGUACAACCUCAACCUCAAGACCUCAUCGGAGAUGAUGGACUCAUUCUUUGUGUCGCUGUGGCAGCUGACUGUCAAUGACGACAUGGAGACGUUGUCGGACCUGGGCACGUCAAUGUCAAGGGUGAUGGCGGAUACCAAUGGAUUCAUGCGUAACAAGAUGGUGUUGGAGGCACGCGGCCUCGAAGCCUGCGAGGAUGACAAAGCCACCCAAGGCUUGAGAGCGAGUACUGAAGCGCUGGAGAGACUAUUGACCAAGGUGCUCCUCACAGCGCCUGGGGUUGCGCCACCCAGGUCCUACUGA